AUGGGCUCUUUGAUAUUGCCACAGAACUUCCAACACAUUAUUCGUGUUCUCAACACCAACAUUGAUGGUAACCGCAAGGUUCCAUUCGCCCUGACCGCCAUCAAGGGUGUUGGUCGUCGUUUCUCGACUCUCUGCUGCCGUAAGGCCGGUGUCAACCUCAACAAACGGGCUGGUGAGCUGUCCGAAGAGGAGUUGGAGAAGGUGACUACUGUUUUGUUGAACCCCACCCAAUACAAGAUCCCCAACUGGUUCCUGAACAGACAAAAGGACAUCAAGGAUGGUAAAUACACCCAAGUGAGUUCAUUUCCGUUUUGUUCUGUUGGUUUUUAGGUAUCAACAGUGUUUGCUGGUAAUGGCUGUUCUUAUGUUAUAUUAUACUUGAUGUAAUAUACCUAAAUUUUGCUCAAAAUUUCCAAAUGGAUAGUUUAUCCUCCAUUUUUUCAAUUUGAAGGGGCCUAUUUUUGAUUCCUGCUCUUUUUGGCAGCUUUUCCGCAUCUGUAUUUGAUUUGACAUCGGGUUUUGACCAAUCUUCUUUCAGGUUAUCUCCACUGCCCUCGAAUCCAAGCUCCGUGACGAUUUGGAACGCAUGAAGAAGAUCCGUCUUCACCGUGGUCUCCGUCACUACUGGGGUCUCCGUGUUCGCGGUCAGCACACCAAGACCACCGGCCGUAAGGGACGUACUGUCGGUGUGUCCAAGAAGAAGGGAGGAUAA